AUGUCCGCUCCUAUUCUCGGCAGUCAGCAUAUCGAUAUGCAUGGCAAGAUCACCGUCGAUCUUGGUUCGUCCGGACGGCGCAAUAUACCUGUAUAUCGCGACAUGACGAAGGUCUCCUUCGGCCGCGGACAACACAACGAUGUUGUUUGCGACGAUGAGUACGUUAGCUACGAGCACGCCGCAAUGUAUUGGUGUCCGUGGUCUUUACACGUGAUGAUUGUCGACCUCAACAGCACAAACGGCACCUGGGUCCACGGCCAUCGCCUCACGCCGAUGAAGCCAAUCAAUAUCGGCGGUUUCUUCACUAUUUCAUUCGGUCAUGCGCUACAGAAUCAAGUCACAGGAGAGAUGGACCGUGGACCGUGGACGGCAGACUACGGGCUGCUGCCGGAAGAUCAGCUCAAGGCAGACUGGUUGGAGUUGGCCUGUGAGCAAUUAGAUGACCCCGAUAUUCGGACACCAACGGGGGGGAUGAGGCUGCAGAUGGUACUUGCCGACAUAAAGGCUCAGCGCGCACCUCCCACUCUUGAUACCUUCGCGGAUGACCAAGACAGUGACUCCGACGCCACAGUGGUUCCCGACUCAACCACAUCCCUCGGCCCGGAGCGGCCCGCUACCCCGGUCCAACCAGUUCCCCCGCCCUUUUCCCCCGAUUACGGUCGCGGUCUGCGCCGGGAGCCGCCAAUCCAUCUCAACUUUGGACCGCAUCCCGAGUCACGCAAUGUGCGCGACCCUAACCUGAUCUGGUCAUCGAACUGCACAUAUAUCCGGCCAAACGACGACGAUGACGGCCGUGUUCCGCCGUACGUUUACGAGUGGUCGCACAAAUACGGGCUUCCGCAGGGGUUGCACCCUGAGUGGAACGAGUAUGCCAAGGAUAAGUUCUACGGAAAGGAUGUCAACAUCAACCUCGAGCAACGUAUGAAUGAGGCGGAAGAAGCGGUACGGAAGUACGAGCUCGAAGUCGCCGCGGAUGCUCGCCCGAAGGAAGAGGAACAGACGGUUGGCGAGGCAACGCAAACGGCCGAAGCUGCAGCCGUCGAGAUCUCAGACCUCGACUGCUCUACAAAACGCAAGCGCGAGACGGAGGUUGAGGAUGGCGACGACGACGCGAGGGAUAACGACGACGAAGCUCGCAGCAAACGGCACAAGGCUGGGACCGAUGUGCCGCCCCACCCUGGCAGGUUCGCUGCUGCUCCCCAAUCCGUACUCCGACCGAUGCGUAGCUCCCAUGUGGUCGAACCGUAUAUCCGGGACGAUACGCCCUCUAUGCCUGGUGCAUGGGUCGAACCCGCGACGGACUUCCUGGAGCAAUACUCGCCGUUUGUUGAAGAUCCCGAUUGGAUAUUUGUCGAGGUUCCUGUGAUACCCGGCGACGAGGCCCAACCGACCCGAUCUUCUCCUCCAUCGCCACGCCCCGCAUCUUCCCGCCCGAAUAAGCAACUGCGAUUUGCUGAGGAGGUUCUAUAUGCUGGGAGAGUAGUGGGUUGA